CGAGCAGCUCCCUUCCUUGCGGACUCCACCAAGCGAAAGCGCGACAAAACUAACCACACCCCUCCGCUGCUUUAAUGGCGCUCCUCGAACCCGCCUACGGGACAAGACACAUGGAGCUCCUCGAACCCGCCUCCCAGCACCCGCCGGCCGACGCGGCGGCCUUCGUACUCUCCCGCUUGCCCCACCCUGACACCGUGGCGGCCGACGAUGCCGCCUUCGUCGACGCCGCCACGGGCGGUAGCCUCUCUUUUUUCGCCCUCCGCCGGACCGGGCUCUCGCUCGCCUCCGGCCUCCGGCGCGGCGACGCCGUUCUGAUCCUCUCGCCCAACUCGCCCCUGCUCCCGCAGAUAAUUCUCGGCGUUCUCGCUGCCGGUGGCGUGGUGGCCGCCGCCGACCCGGACGCCACGGCCGCCGAGAUAGCCGCCGCGGCGCACGUCUCAGGCGCGGUGAUUGUCGUUGCUGCGCCGGAGGUGGCUGGGAAAGUCGCCGGCGUAAGUGUACCGCUGUUGCUAACGUUGCGGUCGCUGGAUCCGCGGACACUCUCGGCGGAGGAGCUGAUCGACGGUGGUGACCUGAUGCCGCUGUCUGCACCUGAGCUGGCCGCCGAACGGCCACGCCCAGGCCCAUCAGAUGUAGCUUUCGUGGCCUACUCAUUGGCGAGCACGACGGUGGCAUUGACGCACGCUGACCUCGUUGCCGCUAUGGCCAGUGCGGGCUUGCCGGAAGAGGGCCGGGUUUGUCUGGCGUCUCUUCCGACGUGCAGCCUCCACGGCUUGCCUCUGCUCGCCCUCGGGCUUCCCUCUGCCGGAGUCACCACGGUGCUCAUGCCACCACCGUCCGAUCCGAGGGCAUCAUGGGAGGCGGUCGCCGCACACAGUGCCACCGAUGUCGUGGCGGCGCCUGAGGUUACAGCAGCGCUUGCAGCUCCCAUGCCACAAGAUGGGAAGCUCUCCACGCUGAGGAGGGUGACCUUGGCGCCGGCGCCGCUUGCACCAGAGGCAAGGCAGGAAUUCCACCGGAGGCUGACGUGGGUCGAGCUGACAGAGCUUGCCGCCAUGGAAAUGGAGUCAGCUUCAGAGCAACUGCAGGUCGCGAACUCUGUUGCUCACACAACACGACGCUGCAGUGAUACAGCACAACAGCCAGCCGGCAGAUCAAAUGUCAGCGACAAACGAGACAGCCUCCCCGGUGAUGGAUACAACUUGACGGUUGACGGUAGGAUGAUAGUGGCCAAGCAGAGUGAUUGAUGUCAGAUGAUCAAGGAGGUCGGCGGAGUUGACGUUGACACUAGUUGUGCACAUGAAGGUUAAGCAAAGCUUGGAAGGAAGAUAAAGACGAUGUGUUGAUAAAGUCAAGCGAAGGGGAUGCCGGUGUAAGUGACAAGACGACCGGAGGGAUCGAGAG